AUGGAACGUCUUCUUCGGAUGGGCGCCGGCAUGGGCCUUCACUCUGGCAGCGGCGCGGGCGCCGAUUCACAUCAAGUCGACACCUCCGAAACCGUCUACAUCUCGUCGUUGGCCCUGCUGAAAAUGCUGAAACACGGCCGAGCUGGCGUUCCAAUGGAGGUGAUGGGCCUGAUGCUGGGCGAAUUUGUCGACGACUACACAAUCAACGUUAUUGACGUGUUCGCCAUGCCGCAGAGUGGAACGGGAGUAUCCGUCGAGGCCGUCGACCCGGUGUUCCAGGCCAAAAUGUUGGACAUGUUGAAGCAGACCGGCAGGCCGGAGAUGGUCGUUGGAUGGUACCACUCCCAUCCUGGAUUCGGGUGCUGGCUGUCGGGCGUCGACGUGAAUACGCAGCAAUCCUUCGAGGCGCUGUCCGAACGAGCGGUGGCUGUUGUCAUUGAUCCAAUUCAAUCGGUCAAGGGAAAGGUCGUAAUGGACGCCUUCCGAACGAUCAAUCCACAAAUGGCCGCCCUAAACCAAGAGCCGCGACAGACGACAUCAAACAUUGGCCAUCUGCAGAAGCCGACCGUCCAGGCGCUCAUCCACGGCCUCAACCGCCACUACUACUCCAUCCCCAUCGCCUACAAGACGCACGAGCUCGAGCAGAAUAUGCUUCUGAACCUCCACAAGCAGUCGUGGCACCAGGCCAUCAACCCCGAGGCGUUCACCAAGCACUGCGCAGGCAACGAGGAAUCCGUGAAGAAUAUGCUCAAGCUGGCCAAGCUGUAUAAAAAGUCGCUCGAAGACGAGGAAAAGAUGACCGAGCGUGAGCUGGCGAUCAAAAACAUCGGCAAACAAGACCCCAAGCGCCAUCUCGGUGAUCAGAUCGACAACAUGCUGGCCGACAACAUUGCGCAAAGCCUGUGCAUGGUGAUGGAUGUGGAAUCGCUGAAA